ACAGUUUCGGGUCAGCGUCUAUAUAAUGUCUCCAAAGCAAACCACUUCCCACUCAAUUAAUUUCCGUUCAAAUCCCCAAUCCCUCCUGGCCGAUUUUUUCUCUCUGUUAAUUGCCGCCGUGUGUUCUACUCCCGACGGCUGCCCCCGGACUUUUUCUCCAGUUAAUUCUUCUGUCCAUCCAAGAUGUCAUCAUUUCAAGACAGCUUGCAAAAGUUCAAGAAGCAGCAAGAGAAGUGUCAAUCUACUCUUGUUAGUAUGGCUGCCAAAGCAGGACCUUCCAAGGCGGCAGCUUCUCCAAGACCAGCAGUUGCAAAACCUCCUGCACCUGCAGUGAAAUUUUCAAAUGACACAGAAAGGCUCCAGCAUAUAAAUAGUAUAAGGAAAGGUCCUGUGGGGGCUCAGAUAAAACGUGUCAUAGACUUGCUGCUGGAGACUAGGCAAGCGUUCACACCACAACAGAUCAAUGAAGCUUGUUAUGUUGAUAUAAAUGGCAAUAAAGCUGUGUUUGACAGUUUGAGGAACAACCUUAAAGUACAUUAUGAUGGCAAUCGCUUCUCUUAUAAGUCGAAACAUGCCUUGAAAAAUAAAGAGGAUCUACUUAAGUUGGUACGAAGAUAUACUGAGGGUAUUCCUGUAAUCGACCUCAAGGAUGCAUACCCAACUGUCAUGGAGGACCUGCAGGCUCUCAAAGGUGCUGGUCAAAUAUGGCUUCUGUCAAAUUUCGACUCCCAGGAAGACAUUGCGUUCCCAAAUGAUCCACGAGUACCUAUUAAGGUUGAUGACGAUUUGAAACAGCUAUUCAGAGGUAUUGAAUUACCACGUGACAUGCUUGAUAUUGAAAAGGAUCUCCAGAAGAACGGGAUGAAACCUGCUACAAACACUGCAAAGAGAAGGGCAAUGGCACAAGUCCAUGGCAUUGCCCCCAAGCCCAAAACAAAGAAGAAGAAGCAUGAGAUUAGCAAGAGGACUAAGCUUACAAAUGCUCAUCUUCCAGAACUCUUCAAACUCUAGAUUUCCAUUGGUUCAUAAACUUCUCCUGAAUCCGAAAGAAUCACUGGAGUUUGUCUUCGUUAGGGAUUUGGGGGUUGGGGGGUUGGGGUUGCGGGCGCUCCUAUCCAGAUUCUUAUGUCUAGUGACUGAGGUUCCAGAAUGCCUUACGUGUCUAGCACAAAAAGCUGUUAAAAAUGGCUAAACUAUUGGUGUUUAGUUCCUAUUUUCAAGUCGAUAUGUUAAUCUUUUACCUGUUGAACUUGGGGGUGGAAUGAUACUAACAUUAUACUAACUAGUAUUAUUUUGUGUGUAUUACUGAUUUGGGGUUUUUGGACCAUCAAACUGUGUGUAUAAACACUUUUAUGAAGAUCAAUUUGUAUCAUAUUGUUUAAUAUCAAUAUAUUACAAUAUUUAGUAACUUGA